AUGGAUUGCGAACGCGAUCCCUUACUCCCGGGGCCUCACCCUAACGAGAAGUCACCAAGGAUUAUCCACCACAAAUCAAGCCGCAAUGGCUUCACCAAAUGCGCCGCCGUCACCCUCUGCACCAUCAUCACAGUCUCCCUCCUAACCUACGCCGUCCUCAUCAAGGUCCCCACAUCCCACAAUGGCAACAACAACAACCCCAAUGACCCCCAACCGACCCUUUACCCAGGCGAAACCAUCCCCUGGGCCCCCUGCGGCGCCAUCGCCGACCGACCCCUCGAAUGCGCCAACCUCACCGUCCCCAUGGAUCACUUCGCCAACCCCCCGACAAGCAUCGCCUACCCCAGUUUCAAAACCUUCACCAUCGCCCUCGUCCGCCUCCGCAGCCGCAACCCAACCCCCUCCACCCGCAACCUCCUCAUCAACCCAGGCGGCCCCGGCGGGUCCGGCACCGGCCUAGUCUUCAAACGCGGUGCGCUAAUCGCCGACAUCGUAGGCGACGGCUUCCAUAUCCUCGGUUUUGACCCGCGCGGCGUCAAUGCCUCGUCUCCGCGAGUAACCUGUUUCCCUAACGAUGAGGCGCGGCAACGGUUGUCGGCUGGGAUUAGGGCGAAGAAAGUGGUGGAGGAUAGCGGGGAGCUGUUCGCGUGGAUGGGCCCGCAUGUGAAAGGGUGUGCAGAGAUCGCGGGGGAGCACGCGGAGUAUGUGAAUACACCGCAGACGGCGGCGGAUAUGAAUUCCAUCCUAGAUGGGGUGGGGCAGAAGGGGAUGGUCUAUUGGGGUUUUAGUUAUGGGACAAUUUUGGGGCAGACGUAUGCGACGAUGUUUCCGGACCGGGCGGAGAGGGUGAUUGUGGAUGGGGUGGCGAAUCAGUUUGAUUGGUAUCAGUCGCGGUUGGAUAGGGAGAUGUGGACGGAUACGGAUCGGGUGUUGGAGGGGUUUGUGGAGGAGUGUUUGAAGGCUGGGAAGGGGGAUUGUGCGUUGGCGGAUUUGGCGGGGAGCAAGGAGGAGUUGUUGGAGGUGGUUGUCAAGGGGGUGGAGAAGUUGAGGGAUGAGCCGGUUGGGGUGUAUGUCAAUAGUACGGUUUAUGGCGUGUUGGAUUACUGGGCGGUGUGGCAUAGCGGGGUGUUCCCGGGGUUGUACAAGUCGGCUACCUGGAGGGACCUCGCGGACAACUUGGCUGCGCUGUUUCAAGGGAAUGCUACGCCCGCGUACCUGGCGUAUGGCCUAAAGAAGGCGUGGGAGGACGAGGCGGAGCCGUUCCAGUUCAUCUCCAACAACGACGGCGUCGCUGGUCCCGAAUACUGGCCUUCGGACAGGCUUGGCCUGGUCGAGGAACUCGUGCCGUUCUUCAACGAGUCUAAGUUUGGGGACGCGAUCCUCGACGCUUACUUUUCGAAGCAGAUUUGGUCGAUCCCGCACACCCACGAGUACGUACCGAAACGGUGCGUCAAGACGGCCCAUCCGGUCCUCAUCCUCACAACCUCGUGGGAUCCCGUUUGCCCCGUUGUGUCCGCGCAAAGUGCGGAAGACGCGUUCGAACAUUCCCGGAUUGUGGAGGUCAAGGGUUAUGGCCAUUGUUCGAUCUCCUUGCCGUCUACCUGUGUUGCGAAGCAUAUCCGCAACUUCCUGUACGACGGGAAGCUGCCGGACGAACGUGUCACAUGCGAGGCGGAUGGCAACCCGUACUUCGCCAAGCCGGAGGAGACAUUGGCCUGGAUUAGCGCGCUGGCUGUUAGCGAGGAGGACAGCCGGAUCCGUCUUGCUCAGCAAGAGCUUGCGAAGGAUUUCUGGCCUAGUAUUCGGAGGGGGUUUUAA